AUGGUUUCCAAUAUUUUGCUCUUAUUUAAAAUUCAGGAGAGUUCCCAAUCAUAUGAAGAUUGUCUUAGCAUGAAAAAACAAAUGGCUGUCCGACCAGAUGAUCCCAAAUUUGAAGAAACUCUGUUACGAUGGAAUGAAGAACUCGACAAUGAACCUGAUUCAGAUAAUGACGGCACUGACUAUGACGACCAUGUUUCAAUUCAGUCCGACAGGGAGAGCACCUACUCAACGGAUGAUAGUGAAGUAGAGAGUGAGACAGAACAACAACUUCCUGGCAAAGUAAUAAAAGGAAAAAAUGGACAUAUUUGGAGCACUGAGCUUCCAUGUCGUACUCGAACACCUAAGCGAAACAUUGUUUCAUGUAUUCCAGGACCAAAAGGUGCGGCCAAAAAUAUUUCAAAGGAAUUAGAGGCAUGGAAGUUAUUUUUUUGCGCGAAUGUUAUAGAUAUUAUAGUGGUGCAUACAAAUAUGGAAAUAGAACGACAAAGAGGGAAAUAUGUUGCUAAUUGUGGCUUUGUUAACGAGACAGACGUUGAAGAGAUCUUGGCUUUGAUGGGACUGCUUUAUAUGACAGGUUGUAGAAAAGACAAUCAACUAACUACAGCAGAAAUGUGGUCAAAGCAUGGACCAGAAGUGUAUCCAUGCAUAAUGAGUGAAACAAGGUUUAGAUUUUUGAUAUCUUGCCUCAGAUUUGACGACAAAACCAUGAGAGACCGAGAAGAUAAAUUUUCUCCAAAUUCAUACAAAAAAAUGCAUUCUAAAAUUAGGUAUGAAAAACCAAAUAACAGCAUCAUUAAAGCAUAUGCCACAACAGACUAUCACAACAGCAAACUAGGUAUGCCCAUAUUUAUAUACAACAUUCGCGAUUACUUCAGUACGAAAAAUCAGUUCAGUGGCAAUUGUACAAUAAAACAGGGUAUUACCCGGGUACUAUGCUUCAUUACGAACCUCAUUCGCAAUACGAUAGCCAAAUGCUCAAUUAAGGGAUGCUAG